GUGUCACCAGCAGCCCCGGGAUCAAGUCCCCCAUCACCAUCAUCACCACCAAGGUGAUGACCUCGGGCACCGGGACCCCCGCCAAGAUCAUCACGGCUGUCCCCAAGCUGGGCGGGGGGCACGGCCAGCAGGGCGUGACACAGGGUCACCUCUGGGUCACUGAGGUGGUCACCCUGGUGGUCAAGGGCACCACCGGUGUGACCACGCUGGGGACGGUGACAGGGACAGUGUCCACCAGCCUGGCCGGGGGGGCUGGUGGCCACAGCGCCACGGCCUCGCUGGCCACGCCCAUCACCACCCUGGGGACAAUCGCCACCCUGUCCAGCCAGGUCCUGAACCCCGCGGCCAUCACGGCCACCGCGGCCGGGGGCGGCCUGGGGACACCGACCAUCACCAUGCAGCCGGUGUCCCAGCCCACGCAGGUGACGCUGAUCACCACGCCCAGCGGCGUGGAGGCCCAGCCCGUCCACGACCUCCCCGUGUCCAUCCUGGCGUCCCCAACGGCCGAAGGUCCCCCCGCGGCCACCUCGGGGGGUGGCAGCCUGGCCGAGCCCCCCCCCGCCGAGGCCACCCCGGGCACGGUCACCCUGGUGUGCUCCAACCCCCCCUGCGAGACCCACGAGACCGGGACCACCAACACGGCCACCACCAGCCUGGUGGCCAACGUGGGGACAGGGGGGGGACAGCUGCAGCUGCUCUGCGAGGACACGGGCGGGGGGACAGCGGUGGCAGCGCCCCCCCGGGCCUGCUCCAACCCCCCCUGCGAGACCCACGAGACGGGGACCACCAACACCCCCACGGCGGCGGGGACGGCGCGCUUGGGGACCCCCGGGGGACCGCCCUGCCCCACGCAGCAGACGGCGGCCACGGGGACGACGAUGACGGCGCGGUUGUGCCCCCCCGACGGCGGUGUCACCUCCGGUGUCACCUCGUGCCAAACGCAGGAGGCGGCCCCGUGCCAAACGCCCUGGGGACAGCCUGAGGUGGGGACGGCCACCGGGGCGGUCACUGCGGCCACCGGCACGAGCUGUGAGACCCCCGCGGGGACGCGGCUGUGCGCCAACCCCCCCUGCGAGACCCACGAGACGGGGACAACCAACACGGUGACAAUGACAGCACCAAGGCCACCCUGCUCCAACCCUCCCUGCGAGACCCACGAGACGGGGACAACCAACACGGUGACAGUGACAGGGGCACAGCUCUGCUCCAACCCUCCUUGUGAGACCCACGAGACGGGGACAACCAACACGGUGACAAUGACAGCACCAAGGCCACCCUGCGCCAACCCCCCCUGCGAGACCCACGCGACGGGGACAACCAACACGGUGACAGUGACAGGGUCACAGCUCUGCUCCAACCCCCCCUGUGAGACCCACGAGACGGGGACAACCAACACGGUGACAGCCACGGGGACACGGUUCUGCUCCAACCCCCCGUGUGAGACCCACGAGACGGGGACAACCAGCACGGCCACCACCACCACGGCCACCUCGCGCCCCCCGCCCGAGCCGGGGACAGCGGUGCCACCACCUCGGGGUGUCCCCCCCUGCGCCAACCCCCCCUGCGAGACGCACGAGACGGGGACGACCAACACGGUGACAAUGACAUCGUCACAGCUCUGCUCCAACCCCCCAUGCGAGACCCACGAGACCGGGACCACCAACACGGCCACCACGGCCACCGCGGGCUCCCGGCCGGGUGACACUACCACGGCCACCAGCGCUGCCACCACCGCCACCACCUCCAGCACGGGGGGGUCCCCGCCUUGUGCCAACCCCCCCUGCGAGACCCCCGAGAGCGGGACCACCAGCACGGCCACCAGAGCGGGGUCCUCGCCCUGCCAGAGCCACCAGGGCGGGGCCACCAGCACGGCCACCACCGAGGGGGUGACACCGCCGCCGCCCCCGCCCUGUGCCACCGCCACCAGCCCCCCCCGCGCCUGCUCCAACCCCCCCUGCGAGACCCACGAGACGGGGACAACGGCCACGGCCACCACGGUCACCGCCAGCAUGGGCGCCAGCCAAGAGCCCCCCCCGCCGGCUGCCAACGGGCAGGGGGAGGGGGAGACCCCCCCCAGCGAGGGCGGGGGUCCCCCUGUGCCCCCCGGGACCCCCAGCCCCGGCCCCAGCGGCAGCGGGACCCCCCAGCCCCGGGCGGUCACCACGGUCACUCAGUCCACGCCAGCACCGGGGCCGGCCGUGCCGACCAUCUCGUCGCUGACCGAAUCCCCCCCG